AUGCAUGAGCCUGUACUUGAUUCGCACCAUCCUGGGAAUUUUUUUAAGAUAAUAAUCUGUUUUGGCACUAUUAUAGGAUGCCGCAGAAGUCGAUUGUCGGUUGUUAACAACGAAUCAAGCCUCGCCCAGUGGAGCAGAAGUUAUCUUUACAAGCAUCAUCAUGGUUUUACGAUUCUUCACAAGAAUCGUUAUGGCUUCCUCUUGGUAACAGCAGUGUCGAGGGGGUUUUCCACAGAUAGUGAUAAUAAAGACCCUACAUCUAAAGAGCAGGUAACGGGCAAAGCUCAGAAUGAUCCUGUGAUAUUAUCAAGCACGACCGAAGAAGCUGCAUCGGACAGUGCGACACCAAAUGCAGCAAAAACACUCAAUAAAGAACCUGUUCAUGUAGAAACCAUAGUCAAAGUCGUUCCCAGAAAGCGCGGAAAAAAGAUUGAUUAUGCGAAAACCUAUACUGCUAAUAAUACGCUGACCGCGUAUCGGGCUAUGACUGAAUACUUGCUCCAAACAAGUGACUUGGAGGGGUUGAGAAAGACAAUGCGACGAAGCCCUUACGACGAUAAGCCAAUAACUGUGUAUCUCCGCUCCGAUGUAGAGGCCAGGUCGAUAGAGAAGUGGGGGUCACUGGAAAAUCUUACUGUGCAAUUACGGAGCAGACGAGAUGUCUAUGCUCAUGCUAGUCAACAGUUGAACCUGAUCAAACGUGCUGUGAAAGAAUACAGGCAUUUAGUAAACACCAGCCAGGAUGCUAAGGGAAUGCCCUUCCUCUUCCAGGCUCAUGACAGAAAGCCAGAUAAGCCAGAAUCCAUGAUGCAGACUGGAACAGGAAAAGUUGUAGUCAUGGCAGCUGCGAUAAAUUUUGCCAACUUCAUGUUCAAGAUGGCAGCAUGGCUGUAUACGGGUUCCCACUGUAUGUUUUCCGAGAUGAUUCACUCAAUGGCCGACACUAUCAACCAGAGGCGAUGUACGCUGAUUAUGGCUACAAACGAACUCCGAAGAAAAGCGAAGAAGGCUGGAGUGAGCUUCGCCAACUAUGUGAUGCGCGGCGAGGACCCGAACGUGAACGUCGUGCUGACCGAGGACACCGCGGCGGUGGCCGGCAUCGGCAUCGCGGCCGCCUGCAUGGGGCUGACCGUCUACACGGGAAGCCCGACCCCCGACGCGAUCGGCUCACUCGUCAUCGGCGGCGUGCUCGGCAUGGUUGCCGGAUUCAUCAUCUACACAGUAUGUAUUGCUGAAUUUUUAUUUACAAUUGACAUUUGCUUAAUUUAUCCCAUUAAAUACUUAAUUCCUGUGACGUUUGCCGUAUUCAUUUGCAGAUCCAUCGAUCUGGGUCGUCAGGAUAAGAUAUGCAAAGAACUAGAGAGCGACGUUGUCAUUAGAGCGAUCCAUGAUGUUAAGGCAACUGAUAUGGGCGCCAGUCAGGUUCGUUUUAAGGCCGAAGUGGAUUUCGAUGGCCACGCAAUCACUCAGUCUUACCUCGACCGGAUAGACCUGGAGGAUAUGCUGAAGGAAUUACAAAAGAUAACGACAAUAGAUAAACUGGAAGCAUUCAUGACCAAACACGGAGAGAACAUAAUAGACAGGCUGGGAAUGGAGAUCGAUCGAAUAGAGGCAGAGCUUAAGAAACGACAUCCCGAAGUUAGACACGUCGAUUUGGAGGUGCUUUGAUGUGGUAAACACGGCAACAGUUACCGAGAAUGCUGUCCUUCUAAAUUACUUUGCCAGAACUGUUAGUGAGAUAGAGCAGUUUGUUACAUAGGAUAUAAUUUUCUCCUAGGACAUUAAAACUUAGUUUGAUACUAGUGAAUAGUAUCGAGGUGAGCAAUGAAGGUUAUUUCAUAUGCUUCAGCAUGGUUGCAUACUGUUAUGUGCAGGUGAAUGUGUUAUGAGCUUUUUACUGUCUACGGCAGGAUCGGGGUGGGUGGUCAACUACGUGCCACUUGUGUGCGUGUGUGUGUGUGUGCGUGUGUGUGCGUGUGUGUGUGUGAGGAGGCCAGCUAUUUGAUAGGCAGAACCACCAGUAACUUUAAUAAAUUUAUUACGAAAGCAUAGUGGAAGCAAAGUGGGUUCUCGCUGGAAUCUCAUGCCAUCGGUCAUGGACUUGAUAGCCUUACAAGUUUGCGGAUGCGUUCACUAACACGUGCUUUCUUAGCAACAGGGUACGUUUAGUCGCAGUCGUUUCUGGGCAUAGUUUUUAAGCAAGCAGUAGCAAGUUCUAGCAAAAAGUUUCCAGUGGUUUUGCUCAUAUGAUGUCUGUUCCAUUGGCUGUUAUACUGUGAUGUACUCUAACACGUGUCCUCAUUGAUGUUGCUUGAGUCAUGAUGUAGAGAGAUACGUACUGUAAUCAAUUUAGUGCUAGCAGUCACCUACAUAACGGCCACCUGUCUAUAAAGGACAAUUGUUAUUUCCCUUAAGUGGCCUGAGGUUUGAAUGUAUAAUAAUUCUACCAUAAUAACUAAGUAAAAUAUGUCACUUCUGUCUCUCUAAGUUUCUAUAUAAUUUUUCAUUAUAACGUGUUACACUGUGAUUAAAAGAUGAGUGUUCCCUAUGAUGUCAGCAAUGGUGAUUUUUAUAUUUGGUGAAUUGUAAUGAAUCAAUAAAUUAAAAUAAUUUAAUAUAAUCACUAAA